AUGGGAUUAUGUUUCGCUCGAUCUAAGGAUGAAAAGAGCCCAAGUACUAAAAGCAUAAAUUCAGCUUCUAUUGAUGACUAUUUACCCCGAAGACUAUCCGUUGUCCCUAUGAACAAUUAUUCUAGCAUAGAAGAGCCUUUAUCUAAUUAUGCUGGUAUUUCUCCACGAGAGAUUAAUUCUCAGAGCCGCUACCAGCCCUCACAGUCACUUGUAAAAGUUGAAGGAAAAAUAGGUUCUCGACAUCAAAAAGGCUUUGAAGGUAAAAAAAUGAGCAUAAUUGGAAACUCUGGCUAUAUAAAUUGAAAUAGUGUGUAAAUCAAACUUACCCUCUUAACUGCUGUAGUUGAUAUUCUAUAGGGUGUGGAGACCUCGAGUGGGAGAAUAGUGUUCGGGAAAUUCGGCCAGGUUUUGCUUGGUUUGGCAAAGCACUGUUAGGCUUGCGAUGUAUGAUUUACUCCAGAUCAAGGUUUUGUCUUGAGAAGAAUGAAGCCAGGGGUUGGAAGGGAUAUCCCAACAGAGUCAGCUCAAUCUUUUUGGCCAAUCAGGAUAUUUUCAGACGUAGGCUUCGGAUUUCCAUUUUGGCCAAGGGCUGGCCAGAAAAUUUAACCAUUUUGGAUUUUCCCAUGGUGGGCAGCCUUAGUUGAUGAGCGGUAAGGGCGCAGUUCAUCCAACUUCCAGGUAGAGAUUGCAGGUCCCCGUCCAGUAGGAGUAUUUUUGUGAGGUCAUGCACAAACCGGCAAGUAGCCGAUGGGAGCGCUAGGAGUUGAAAAAGUCAUUCAUGAAUUACAGUGGACUUCUCGAUUAUUAUAAUUAAGAUUAAUGAAAUUCUGGCCUCCAAAUUAUGCAAAAAGCUGGAAUUGCAGUGGCCUGCAAAAAAGGUCUUAAGCCAAAUUACCCUAAUCAAGAUGAUUUUGCUAUUAUAAUCGAUGAGGAUUUUUAUUAUUUCGGGGUUUUUGAUGGACACGGGCAAGAUGGUCAUGAAGUUUCCAGCUAUGUUAAGCAUAAAUUACCUACACAGAUAAUGGAGCAUGAAUUAUUUGAAAUUGAUCUAUUAAGGACAAUUACCGAGAGCUAUUUAAAAAUUAACCAAAAUUUAGAAAAAAUUGGGACAGCCAAAAAUGGAGAAUUUGACACUUUAAUUUCUGGGACUACCGCAACCAGCAUUAUUAUACGAAAAAAUCGCCUUUAUAUAGGUCAUGUAGGGGAUUCUCGUGCAAUUUUGGGAAUAAAAGGAGAAAAUGGAUAUGAAGCGCUGCGAUUAACAAUUGACCAUAAACCGAUGCUUCCUGAAGAGAAAAAAAGAAUUGAAGCGAAAAAGGGACAAGUAAGAAGGCUGGAUAAUGACAUCCCUUAUAGGGUAUUUGUCAAAGACCAAAACUAUCCUGGAUUAUCUACAUCUAGAGCUCUUGGAGACGUCAUAGCUCAACAAGUUGGGGUAAUUCCAAAUCCUCAAACUGCAGAAAUGGAAAUUAAUGUAAAUACAGAGUAUUUAAUUCUGUGUAGCGAUGGAGUUUGAGAAUUCUUAAGCGACCAAGAAGCACUUGAUAUAGUUGCUUCUUAUGGGAGAAAUGUUGAAAUGGCCGUGGAAGCCUUAGCAACACUUUCUUAUGAGAAAUGGAUAGAAAAUGAAAAAGAUAUAUCAGAUGAUAUAACUGUUAUUGUCGCAAUAGUUCCAUCGCUAUUAAAUUUUGAAAAAAUAUAG